AUGAAGGCAGACUCAAAGGCAAAUGGUACAUCUUCUUUGAAGAGACAUUUCAAUGUUUGCAAGCGCAAUCCACAUAAGUUUAACAAAGAUCCAGCGCAAGCUAUUCUACAAACAACUCAAGGUGAAGUUAUUGGCACUUGGAGAUUUGAUCAAGAUGAACUUAGGGCUGCAUUUGCUGAGAUGGUCGUAGAAGAUGAGCAGCCAUUUUGCUUUGGUAAGAAACCAGGAUUGAGAAAGUUUAUGGCCAAAGCAUGCCCACGUUUCCAGCUUCCAUCUAGAAGAACAUGUACUAGAGAUACAGUGCGAUAUUACUUCCAAGAGAAAGCCAAGGUGAAGAAAUUCUUCAAAGAUUCUUGUCAAAGGGUUUGCUUAACAACAGAUUGCUGGACUUCUCAGCAGCAAGAUGGCUACAUGACUGUUACUGCUAGUUUUAUUGAUGAUAAUUGGAGAAUGCAUAAGAAAGUGAUUGGUUUCUUCAUGGUGAAGGGUCACAAAGGUGAUGACAUUGGUAAAAAUGCGAUCAGAUGCAUGACUGAAUGGGGUUUAGAGAGAGUAAUGACUAUAACAGUUGACAAUGCAAGUGCCAAUGACACUGGUAUUGGUUAUUUGAGGAGGCAACUAUGUAAAACAAAUAUUGCUAAUGGCAAGUACUUGCACAUGAGGUGUGCAGCACACAUUAUUAACCUCAUCAUGCAAGAUGGCCUAAAAGAAGUGGACCUCUCUGUGAAGCGUGUUAGAGCUACUGUUAGAUAUAUUAGAAAUGGAGGUUCAAGAAUAGUGAAAUUUAAGGAACUUAUAGAGGAAGAGAAGUUGACCAAUAAGCCAUUUCUGAAGCUUGAUGUCCCAACAAGAUGGAACUCCACUUAUCUCAUGCUUAAAGCUGCAAUUGUUUAUGAGAAAGUGUUCACUAGGUUAGUUGAUGAAGAUGUGAGUUAUAUUAUUGACCUAUCUGAAGCAAGGGAUGGAAUUGGUCAUCCAGAUGAAAUUGAUUGGCAAAAUGUGAGGAAGAUGGCUGAUUUUCUAGAACAUUUCUAUGAUCUUACUGUUCGUGUCUCUGCUACACUCAAUAUCACUUCACAUACAUUCUUUCAUGAGAUUGGAGAAGUGCAUUUAUUGAUUCAAUCUUGGCUGAAUAGUACAGAUGUUGUGCAAUCAGCAAUAGGCAGGAGAAUGAAAGAUAAAUUUGACAAAUAUUGGGGACUUUGGCACACCAGCAAUACGAUUGUGAAUGACAAGGGGAGGGUAAAGGGAAAGGAGAACCUAAAUCUAAUGAUUUUUGUUGGUGGUUGUCUUGAUUCAAGAUACAAGUUAUCUAUAUACACAAAGAUAACUGUGGAAGAGAUAUUUGGUGAGAAAAGGGGACAGCUAGUUUGGGAAGCAAUUAACACUUGUGUUCAUGAGUUAUUUGAAGAAUACAAGAAAAUGUAUGGUCCAGCUGAGGACAUAUCUGAUCUAAGUGAUACGGUAGCAUCAAAGGGAGGUAGAGGUGGCAAGCUGAAAGAAGUCAUCGCUAAGAGGAUGAAGCUAGACAAUGCUUCAGGCAACAAUACCAAUGUGGUGGAAAGCAUCUGA